AAAGAACAUUUUAUGGAUAAAUACAUUUCCUGCAAGGAUUAUCAGCUUUGGUCAGUCUUUAAUGUCUCUUCUUGGAGGUAUGGUCUUUCUACCAUGUCAUGCUGUUGGACAUCCACAACCUGGACGCAAGUGGACAGUUGGGAUUCGUCGUUUAUUUCAUUCCAGGAGCAAGCCCUUUGUAAAAUCUGAACGAAUGGAAGUGCAGAAUGAUGGGUCACUGUUUAUUAGAAAGCUUCAGCAACUGGAUACCAACAAUUAUACCUGUCAUGUACACAAUAAACAUGGUGCUGAUGAAAUUACAUAUUCUUUGGCCAUGCAGGCACCACUUGAAGGACUGGAGGUGAAACUUUUAUCAACAUCUUUAAACACAGCAAAUUUCUCCAUAUCAGAAACUUUCAUGGAAGGCAAAGUUCAAGAGUUUAGUGUCCAUUAUAUGCCUGAAGGCGGACAAUGGAAACAGCACCAUUUAGAUAGAAGAGCAAAACAUUUCUUUCUUGAAGAUCUCCGGUGUGGGACUAAUUAUGAGCUAUAUUUAAUUGCUUUUGUUGAAGAAAACCAGAAACGUAGUGAACAGGUUCUGUUCAGAACAAAAGGGACAGCACCUUCCACACCCACUAAAGAAGAGCUGCUAAGUGCUAAUGCUACCCACAUACUCAUACAUUUGUCUGCUUGGGAAAAACCUAAAAGUUGUCCAGUGACCCGAAUGGUCAUAGAUUAUCGCCUCCAAAAUCAAGAUCACUGGACACCUUUUCUGGACAAAGUGGCUCCAAUGCACCAAAAUCAUGUGGUUAUACCUGAUCUUAACUCAGAAACAUGGUAUGUCAUCCGAAUCAUGGCUCAUACUGAUGAUGGUUUGGUGAAAACAGAGUAUAAUAUCAAGACCCAAAGGCAGUUUACUGCAUUUCCACCAGAUUCCAGUAACCCAGGUCAUGUUUCCUCCUCUACAUCAUUUUUCCAGGAUACCACUACAUUAGUAUCUAUGGUUUCAUCUGUUGUGGUGCUGAUUGCUGGUGUUGUUGCAGUGGUGUGCCUUGUGACGUACAAGCGUCGGCGAAGUAACGACAACCGCCAUCGUUACAGAUCCAAUAGAGCUCAGGCUACAGAGUCAUCUUCAAGGAAUGACUUAGCAACCACUACAGCUCUGAUGUCUCAUACAGAGAAAAAGUCUCAGCGCUCAGAAGCAAGUCACCAUAGCCACAGUCGAGAACACCAGCCAUAUUUUUCUUCUCCUGUACGAAAAGUCACUCCUUCAAACAAUGUUUCUCAGGCCAAGCAAGUCAACAAUACUCCCUCAACUAGCCAUUUCUUUGAAGAAGAAAUAGCUCCCUAUGCAACUUUUCGGUUACCUGAAGAAAGAGAAAAUAUUGAAGAAACAGAAGAAUUUAAAACAUUUAGUGUAAAACAUGGGGAACCCCCAUAUCUAACAAAGGCUAGUCUCGACCCUCCUUCAAGAAAAAGUGGAAAAGGAGGUGAAGAAUUUUGUACUCAUAGUCAAUGUACAGCACCCAAUAGCCAUAGCCUUACCUCAGGGUCUUCCAAUCAAGAAGAGCUUAUGCGAGCCUAUGAAUAUGCUCGUCGGCACCCACCUCCUUCCUCGAACUAUGAACAAGUUCGCGGCCUGAGUCUUGUCAGUGGCACAACUGGUGGAUCAGAAGCAACAGAUCCAGGAAUUCGUCAAUUCACUGGGUCUCCUCCUAAACCCAAUGAACGACGUCAAGGUGCUUGUUUUGCUCUUGGCAUUCCGAGUAGCACAUCAGUUAUAAAGCAUGACACCAGUUCCUCGGAUGAAGUAACACCAGUGAACAGUCCUCCAAAAAUAUGUGAACUAGUUGCCAACUUUGGAGUGCUAUCCCAAGACAAAAGCCGUCAGUCCUGGGGUGGGGCAAAAGUCCGAGCCCAACCAACAAGCAGAAGAAGUUCAAAGGGAAUAAAAAAAGGUCUUUCUAGUGAUGAGAGUGACAGUGAAGGAACUAUAUAUACAUUCAGCCAAGCUGACACAGUGAUUUUACGAGGUAGUAGUAGGAAUGAUCUCUCUGAAGUAGAGUGUGAGUGGGAUCGACUUGCUAGGAUCCCUAGAGGUCCAUUUCCUAGACGACCCCCUCCACGCAUCACAACAAAGUCUGAUAUCAUCGACUGUUAGCACCUGCAGCACGAAAACUUAGAAAUCAUCCUGUUUCAUUGAUUCACAAUUUAACCUCUGUAAGCUCACAGUGUGGUAACUCAACUCAAGUGGUUUUUCUCUCACCUGUUAAUUCCCAAUUUGUUUUAAAUCCUACAGCUUUAUUUUAUAUAUAUAUAAUUUAUGUAAUCUUGUUGGUCAUCAAGAUACUAUAGAAAUAUUGUAUCAGUCUUAGAGAGCAAAAGUUCUCAACAACAAUAUUUAGUGUUAUUAAGAUCAACUUUCCCCAGUAAUUAAGUUCUAGUCAGUCAAUAACCGUCCUAACUUCCUCAGUAAUAUUUCAUGGUUUUUAUGAAUGAAGUUUAGAGUAAAUUUUUCUGGUAAUAUUUGUCAGAUUACAUCUAAUUUAUUUCCUUAAUUUUGAGACUUCAAAUAAUACAGUAAUAAAUACAUUUUCCUACCAUAAAUAUUAGUCAUUUAAAAUAAGGAUUGAUUCAUAAUCUUUACUGUAAUAACUUGUGUAUUUUGAACAUUUUUGUUAUCAGCAAUUUUGCAUAGUAUGUUUACAACUGCCAUAAUUAGGUAGUAAUUAAUUUUUGUUGAUCACUCUUUGUUUUUUGAAAAUGUUGGCAGGCUAAGCAGAACUUGAAUUAUUAUCUUCCUAUUCCAUGUUUCAAGCCAUAACUGAUCAAUACUUUGUGUUCAGAUGUUGCAGUCUUUCAUUGAUAAACUGGAAAUUAAAUCAGGUGUUUUUGAUUUAUCAAACCAUUUCUAACUAUAAUUUUAAUUAUAACAAGCAGCUCGAUUUAAAUAACUUCAAUCAUCACAAAUUAUAUAUUAUAAGUGUGAGAAAUACCUACUUUCAAAACAGUCAUUAGUAAAAAUCCAACUGCAAUGUACUAUCAUCAGUUCCAAUAAAUACCAGUCAUCAUCAGUGCAAUUUAAGUGUAAAAAAAAAUUAAUGAACUCCAACGAUCAAAAAUAUAUUAAUAAAAAAAGACUGUCACAAAUCUUUACCAUAAGAGUACAAAUCAUUUGUCAUGAAUACUCAACUUUAUGUAAGUGUUAACAUAUUAUUUUGUUCCUUACUGAGUUGUGGUUAUAGUCAAAGCUCAGGAAUAGUUAAAUUGUUUUUCACAGACAUUCAUAACCAAUAGUUCAAUUAUUACAUACUUAUUAACUUUACAUCUUCUGGCUUUUUCAGUUUUUUACAAUGUCUGAAUUCUUUUUCUGCUUUUUACUUACAUCCAUCCUAACCUGUUUUUCAAAUUUUUUUUUUAUAAUGAAGUGAAACUACCAGUAUAGCAUUAGUUGUUAAAAACAUUUGAUUAUAUCAUUUUAACACUAUACCUAUUAGUUAUCCUGUCACAGUCUCUCACUUGCAGGUACAUAACCUAUUUGUUUACAACUUCAAGUUUCCUGUGCAUUUGUCUCAGAUUUUCUACCACUGAAACAUUAAACCUGCAUUACAAAGAAAUUUAUAGUUACAAUAGCACAUAAGCAUGUGCUUCAACUAAGUUACAUUUAUAUGGUAAUAAGUUUUGAAAGAUAUUUGUCCAGUUUAAAAACAUGUUUUUAUCAAAUAUUGAAAUCGAAUAAACUAGCAAGUUGAUUAGACAAAUUGAUUUGAUGGAUCGUGUAAGAUAACAUCCUACAUGUUGAAAAUAAAACAAUUGAAUGGAAGAAGUAAAAUGCACUGAGCUGUAUACAAAGUUCAAUAAUAGAUAUAUGUACAACCUACAUAUCAUAUAUUCAACCCUAAAAAAAGAUCCCACUAGUCAGAGCAGCCUUUAUUAUUAUUGCUAUUGACAAACGCAGAGUAUUACAUGCUUUCAACGUGAACAUCCAGUAUUUCAGCUACUGCAGCCUAAACAUGUCGGGUGUUAUUGUGGUGUGUACUGAUAUUAGUAGAUAUUUCUUGAGAUUUAAUGUCUUUAUGUAUUAAAAUAUUUUCAUAGUU